AUACUUGAGCUCUCGUUAUUUUCUCAGUCACGAGUUUUUUUCAGAGAUCGACGAAGAACAAAAUUUAGGCGAAAAAAAAAUAAAAUGCUGGCUAGGGUUUGUAGAUUCAAGUCGUCUUCUUCUUCUUCUUCUUCUCCUGCUGUGUCUGCGGCUAGAUUGUUCUGUACGAGAUCGAUUCGUGAUACUCUGGCCAAGGCAAGCAGGGAUGGAGAGAGUUGCGAAGCAGGUUUUGGAGGAGAGAGUUUGAAGCUGCAAAGUGGGUUUCAUGAAAUCAAAGGGUUAGAUGACGCGAUUGAUUUGUUCAGUGAGGAUGAAACGCCCUGAUCUCGUGAUUUCUCUCCUUAAGAAAGAUGGAAAUGGCGGCGCAUUCCACGUGAUGCAUACAGCUUCACUAUUCUGAUAAAAUGUUUCUGCAGUUGCUCUAAGCUGCCCUUUGCUUUGUCUACGUUUGGUAAGCUCACCAAGCUUGGGUUUCAUCCCACUGUUGUUACCUUCAACACCCUGCUCCAUGGUUUAUGUGUGGAAAGUAGGGUUUCUGAAGCCUUGGAUUUUUUCCAUCAAAUGCGUAGACCAAAUGUCAUAACGUUCAACACACUGAUGAACGGUCUUUGCUGCCAGGGUCGAGUUGUCGAAGCCGUAGCUCUGCUUGAUCGGAUGGUGGAAGAUGGUCUCCAGCCUAUCCAGAUUACUUAUGGAACAAUCGUAGAUGGGAUGUGUAAGAAGGGAGAUACUGUGUCUGCACUGAAUCUGCUGAGGAAGAUGGAGGAGGUGAACCACAUCAAACCCAAUGUGGUAAUCUAUAGUGCCAUCAUUGAUGGCCUUUGGAAAGACGGACGUCAUAGCGACGCUCAAAAUCUUUUCAUUGAAAUGCAAGAGAAAAAAGUCUUUCCCAAUUUAUUUACCUACAACUGUAUGAUAACGGGUUUUUGUAGCUCUGGUAAAUGGAUCGACGCGGAGCAGUUGUUGCACGAAAUGUUAGAACGGAAGAUCAACCCUAAUGUUGUAACUUAUAAUGCUUUGAUCAAUGCAUUUGUCAAGGAAGGCAAAUUCUUUGAGGCUGAAGAAUUAUACGAUGAGAUGCUUCCAAGGGGUAUAAUCCCUAGUAGAAUUACAUAUAAUUCAAUGAUCGAUGGGUUUUGCAAACAUAAUCGUCUUGAUGCUGCGGAACACAUGUUUUAUGUGAUGGCUACCAAGGGCUGCUCUCCGGACGUAAUCACUUUCAAUACUCUAAUAGAGGGAUACUGUAGAGCUAAGAGGGUAGAUGAUGGAUUGGAACUUCUCCAUGAGAUGACUGAAACAGGAUUAGUUGCUAACACAGUUACUUACAACACUCUUAUUCACGGGUUCUGUCUGGUGGGCGAUCUUAAUGCUGCUCUAGACCUUUUACAGGAGAUGAUUUCUAGUGGCGUGUGCCCUAAUGUCGUAACUUGUAACACGUUGCUGGACGGUCUCUGCGAUAAUGGGAAACUAAAAGAUGCAUUGAAAAUGUUUAAGGCUAUGCAGAAGAGUAAUAUGGAUAUUGAUGCUAGUCAUCCUUUUAAUGGUGUGGAACCUGAUGUUCAAACUUACAAUAUAUUGAUCAGCGGCUUGAUCAAUGAAGGGAAGUUUUUAGAGGCUGAGGAAUUAUACGAGGAGAUGCCCCUCAGGGGUAUAGUCCCAGAUACUAUCACCUAUAUAGCUCAAUGAUCAAUGGACUAUUGAUAUAUGGUGUUUUUCACAUCAUUGUACAUACGUUUUCAUUUGUUUCAAGUCACUAAUUCGUGUCAGUCUAGUCCUUUUUGACCUUUUACAGGUCUGGAGUUAGCAGAAGAAAGAAGAGAAGGUGCCUGAUGAAAAGAAGUCCUUUUGGAGCAUUCCUGCGGAGAACACUCAAGAGAACAGUCCCGAGACUGAUCUCUCUCAAGCGGAACAAGCAGACGGAGUGAUCCGGUGAUUGUUCCAGACAAAUAUGGAAACUCCUAUUUCGGGAAUUGAAGCCCUGUUGCCCUAAUCUCUUUCCUUCUGAUUGGCGCCUCCAUAUAAAACGCCACCUAUCUAUUUUCUAUUUUUUUUACGCUAGUUUUUACAAGAGAACACUGAGUAUUUGCGAUCUGCAACUUGUAAGGGAGAAGAACCAAUCCUCUCAUAGAGAAGAUCAUCUGAACCCUAUUGUUUCAUACUCUGUUCUUAUGCAAUUUUAUUCAGGAUUUAUGUC